AGUAACUUCCGGUGUGCCUUCGUCAGGUCUCCGCGGUUCUCUGAGCUGUUUUAUCCUGCUGAGUGUGACACACACACUGCAUGCACACCUGUUCAGGUGUGUGAGGAGCUUCCUGUCAGACUGAAGCAGGUGUGUGUUCACACUCAUGUUCCUGAAUCCAUCACUUUGUUGCUGGAGGCUCCUGCACGCGCUCAGUUUGGACUCACCUGGGCUCGUGUUCACACAUGGAUCUAUUGGAUCCAGUUCCAGGUCCUGAUCCAGGUCCAGACCUGACUGUGGUCCUCCUGGGGAACUGUGGCGUGGGUAAAAGCGCUUCAGGAAACACGAUUUUGGGCCGAGCGGCAUUUGAGUCAAAGACGUCCUUCAAGGCGGGAGAGAGCGAGAUCAGAGAGGAGGCGGGGCGAGUGUUCGGGAAGGUGAUCCUCGUCAUCGACACUCCGGGAAUACUGGGACGAGAGGAGCCCGUCGGGAGGUGCUGUCGGCACGUGCUUGAGUCCCCCGGCUCUCACCUGUUCCUGCUGGUGGUUAAAACGGACCGAUUCACUGCCGAGCAGGAACGUGGCGUGGAGGCGGGGCUCGCAGCGGUGGGAGGGCGGGGCUUCAGCCGCUGUUACCUGCUCUUCACGGGUGGAGAUGCCCUGAAGAACACGUCACUGCACGACUUCAUCUACCAGGACCGGCAGAGUCCGCUCCCUGGUGUGGUGGCGAGGUUCUCCGGGAGGUUUCACCUGUUCAACAACGAGGACGCAGGAAGAGAGCAGGUCCGAGAGCUGCUGCUGAAGGCGGGGCUUCUUCACUGCCCACCAGCUGAGUGUGUGGGGUCAGAGGUCAGGAGGAUCCUUCUUAUCGGUCCUCCUGGAGGCGGGAAGAGUUCUGCUGGGAACUCUGUGCUGGGCCGCCGCCACUUCGAGGUGGACUGCGACUUCCACGGAGGCGGGAGAGGACACAUGUGCGCCGAAGCAGAGGGGGGGCGGGUCUUCGUGGUGGACUCGGCGGGACUCACGGGUGAAGGUCUGACCCGGGAGCAGCUGCUUCGCGACGUCGAGAGCGCCGCCCAGCUCGCCGGUCCGGGACCUCAUGUGGUGGCGGUGGUGGUGAAAAUUGGCCAGCUCUCAGCCGCAGACUCACGGGCGCUCGCCCUCCUGACCGAGCUGUUGGAGGGCGUGGCAUCCCGACACGCCGCUGUGCUGUUCACUCACGGAGACGCUCUGGGAGAACGCCGUCUGCAGGACGCGAUCAGGUCGAGCCGCCGCGUGUCAGACCUGGUGUCCCGCUGCCGGGGGCGACACUGCGUGCUGGACAACACUCGCUCAGGAGAGCGGGCGCAGGUGGAGCGCUUUCUCCGCCUCGUAGACGACAUCAUCAGAGAGAACGAUGGACGCCACUGGAGCUGGGACAAACUGAGGUCAGGUGACUCGGAGGACACUUCCUGUUCGAAGAACGAUGUCGAGCAUGCGCUCGCCGCGAGGACUCCUCCCUCUCUGCUGAGCGUGUGCUGGCGUGUCCUGUGUCUGAGCGCGCUCUUUGUGAGGCGUCGUUUCCACUGGAUUUAACGGUGACAGAUGAAAUCUUUGGGUCAUGUCUGUUGUCAUGAAUCAAACCAGUAAAAUAAGAUGUCUGUCGGCUUUGAUCGGUAACUCCUUCACGUGAACUCGUCUGUGAUCGCUGGUCUCUGUUUCCAGUAUUAAUAAUAAACAUCAUGUUUGACUCUUUAUUAUGUACUUAUUAGUUUUUGGUUGGAUUAAGUUUGAUAUUCAUUAGAUCAGUGCCUCUUUAGUCAUUAAUUAGAUUAUUUGAUAUUAACGGUUUAAUUGAAUCAUCGUCUCUGCUGGUUUUUGUUCAUGUUUCUAGCAAACUAUGCCUGUUAUGUUUAUUGCCUCAUUUGUUGCAGCUUAAUUUUUUAGACGACAUUCUGGCUGCAACAGCUGCCAGUAAUUUACUGCAAAUAUGAACUUUU